AUGGAGAAGGGAACUAAUGGGAAGAUGAAGAGUGUGGCUUCGAUUCCGGAGAACUACGUAUCCAUUCUUCAGCUUCAGGAGCGCUGGAUUAAGGAGAAAGAAGGGAAACACAAGGAAACACACUUAGGAGUGAAGCAGCAGCAAGUUGAUGGACAACGAAGGAGAGAAAAAGAAGAACCAAGGGUGAAUCUCGAGGGGCGUUUUCAUAUCAACCGUCUGAAAAAGGAAACAAACUGUGUUGAGAAAGAAGGAGUUGAGGUCUCUGCAACUGUGAGCAAGAAGGGUGAAGAUGUAGGAUAUUGGAGGGGUAGAAAGAAGAAAUGGUCGAAGAGGGAGAAUAAGAAGAAUCAAGGUGGCUCCGUGAAAGAGGUCGUCAAGAGUGUAUCGGUGAAAGAGGAGAUUCCCGAAGAUUAUAUUAUUCAGAACAGAGAGAAUAAUUCACUUGGUGUAGAAACUCAGUUUCAGCAUCUCUUGAUCAAGAAGAGUGUGGAAGAGGAUGGAAGAGACAGAGGAGGAGUCAAGGUACCUGCGAGAUUGAACGGCAGACAAGGUUAUUACCGAAACCAAAAACAUGAAACAAAGACUAUGGUGUGGGUGAAGAAAGAAGAGAACAAUGGAUCUGGUGGUUGGGAAUAG